AUUAAAACCCUAAAGAUAAAAAUAAAAUCAAAAACAAACUAAACAAAGCCCCAUGCAAGGCCCCAUAUGGCCCAUGCCCCAUGUGGUUUGGAAUUGUUGAAAAGUGUGGAUCUGUUGGUCGCUAUAUAAAUACAAUACAAUAAAAUCUGAAAAUGAUCGAAGAGGAGCUAGAAUUAGGCACGGUUGAUUUGGGAUUUGCUGAAAAAUGCGAACCUUGGAAGCUUCAGAGUCACUUCUUCCCAAGCAAAAUCGGCGGCAAACCAGCCUGGUUGAACCUGCAGGACAUCCCCUCUGCUGACCGCGUCCAGUGUAGGGUUUGCCAGGGUCCCUGCAUCUUCCUGUGCCAGGUCUACGCUCCCAUUGAGAGCCAGGACGAGUGUUUCCACAGGACGAUAUUUAUUUUCAUCUGUCCUAACGUGGAUUGCUGUCUACCCAACCAAAGUGACAAUUUCAAAGUUCUCCGAUGCCAACUCAGUCGGCGGAAUGAUUUUUUCUCAGUCAACCCUCCAGUGGAGUCUCCGCACACCUUACCAGAGAGGAGAGUUGAAGAGCUGACAAAGGUCUGCAGGGUUUGUAACUUGAAAGGAACGUCACAUUGUGGCAAGUGCCGCAAUGUAAACUACUGCAGCCGUGAGCAUCAAGUUGCUGACUGGAGAGCCGGACAUAAACUGGAGUGUGCUGCUAAUGAAGUUAAUCCUCAAAGACCGCUGCCUCUGUUGCUGCCUGAAUGGGAAAUUGAAACGGAACCCGAGCCCGACAUUGAUGAUCUACGAGGUGGGAAAGUGGAGAGAUCAGAUGAAGAGAAGCUUAAGGAAUAUGAAAGUCUUGUAAAUGCUGGAAAAGCCGGAACUUUGCAUGAUACUUCUGUGGAUGCUGACCUGAAUGCCAUGGCCGGAGAAAAGGAAGACCAAAUUUUCAAGAAAUUCAAAAAGAGAAUUUCUGAAAUGCCAAAGCAAAUUUUGCGGUAUGAGAAGGAUGGAACGCCUCUGUGGGUUUGUGGAAUUAACCAGCCAACGUCUAUUCCUCCGUGUGAAUAUUGCGGUAAUGAGAGGACUUUCGAAUUCCAGGUUUUGCCUCAGAUGUUAAAUUACCUUUCCCUUGAUCAAGUUGGAAAGAGUAUUGAUUGGGGCACUUUGGCGGUGUUCACUUGCAAGAAUAGCUGCUCGUCUGGUGACACAUACAAAGCAGAAUAUAUUUUCAAGCAAGACAUUUUGCAAUAAAAAAUU